GCCUUUUGUAUUUAAUGUAGGAAGUUGUCAUGAUUGUCUCGCGCGUGUGCGCAUUGAACGCUAUGUCCUACAAAAAUGAACUCAGUUUAAUCUAACAGAGGUUAACAAGGAAGCAAAAUCGCGAGUAACAUCCAAAUAGUCAAAAAUGGACGUGCUGAUGAGUCACUUUAAAACACACAAACUUCCAACCAUCCUCUCCAGGACGUUCUUUAAAGCAUUAAAGAGAAGUCACAUCAACUGUGGCACCCACACUUCACCCCCAGUUUCCCCUCCAUCCAAACCCAUCAUCCCAACUCCUCGCGUAUCUCGUCUCUUCCAGCCUGCCAACCUCCGGGAAGGUCAGGAGGGAGGAGACUUGACAUGUCGCAGCCAGAGACUGAUGUUGCAGACGGGACUGAUCCAUCCCUCCAACCCCGGCUGCUUCUACUAUUUACCAGUGGCUCUGAGGUCCAUGGAGAAGCUCGUCCGGCUCAUCGAUGAGGAGAUGCAUGCCAUUGGUGGGCAAAAAGUUGACAUGCCAGCGUUGUGCAGUGCAGAACUGUGGAAGACGAGUGGACGCUGGGAGCUCAUGGGGAAAGAGAUGUUCAGGCUACAGGAUCGCCAUAAUGCGGAAUACUGCCUCGGGCCGACUCAUGAAGAAGCAAUUACAGAGCUUUUUGCUUCGCAGAGCACGGUAUCCUACAAGAAACUUCCACUUUUGCUGUAUCAGGUAACACGUAAGUUUCGUGACGAACAGAAGCCAAAGUUUGGGCUCCUUCGGGGACGCGAGUUCUACAUGAAAGACAUGUACUCAUUUGACUUUAGCGAAGAGGCAGCCCUCGAUACGUACCAGUCUGUGUGUCGAGCCUACGGACGUCUGUUCGACCGGCUUGGCUUGAAUUGGGUGCAGGUUCAGGCUGACACUGGCAACAUAGGUGGCACACUUUCCCAUGAGUUUCAGCUACCAGCAGACAUCGGUGAAGACCAAUUACUUGUUUGUCAAAACUGUGGAUUUUCUGCCAACGUUGAAACCAUGGAGCCGGGACAGACUCACUGCUCACAGUGCCAAACUGGCGUAUUGAGUGAAACCAGAGGCAUUGAAGUGGGCCACACUUUUUACCUUGGCACAAAAUAUUCACGGGUUUUUAAAGCUUUGUUUGUUAAUGCUUUAAAUGAGCCGUCGGUGGCCGAGAUGGGCUGUUUUGGACUGGGUGUGACUCGAAUCCUUGCUGCCUCUAUAGAGGUGCUGUCAUCAGACGAUGCUAUAUGCUGGCCUGGGUUAAUAGCUCCUUUUCAAGUGUGUGUUCUUCCUCCUAAAAAGGGCAGUAAGGCCCAAGAAGCCACAAGAAUCUCUGAGGAUCUGGCUCAAAGCUUGGGCAACAGUCUAGCGAGUCUAAAAGGAGAGGUGGUCCUGGAUGACAGGACUCAGAUGACCAUUGGGAAAAGAUUAAAGGAUGCUAAGAUUCUGGGGUAUCCUUAUGUGGUGGUAGCAGGGCAGAAAGCUUUAGAGGAUCUACCCAUAUUUGAAGUUCUUUGUCAGCGGAGUGGAGAAACUAUGUUCCUUAGUAAAGAGGGGCUGGUGGACCUUUUGAGCAGAGUUGAAACUAUCUAGAAAUGUUUUAUAACAUAUGUUUAAUGGGCUGAGAGUUUGAGCGAAGUUUGUCAUCCAUAAAAGUCCACUGAUCGAUAGGAAUGUGUAUAAAUAUUUUAUUUAUUAAUAAAAAAUACCA